AUGGAGACAACUCGCUUCGCUUUCUGCAUGCUUCUAGUCAGCCUUGUUGGGCUGACCAACGGACUCAAGGAAACCCUCCAACAUCUUUCACUCCGCAUGUUCGUAACACCUGUGAACUGCACAGGCAAUGGUUUAAUUUCAGGAAAUGGUCUGUGCGACAGCCGUCCCUGCAUGAAUGGCGGUGAGUGCGUGGAUAUGGGAUCGAACUACUUGUGUUAUUGCCCAGAGUAUGUUUACGGAAAUAAUUGUGAAAACGUUCAGCACCAGUGCGAUGGCACUUGUAAGAAUGGUGGCACGUGUUCAGCUACUGGAAUGACUGAUUAUAUCUGUCAAUGCCCGCCAAACGUCGGAGGAGAUCAGUGUCAGUAUGCUCCCUGUCUUGAUAACCCGUGCCUCAAUGGUGGAACCUGUUACGCAGUUGAUCAACAAGACUACUACUGCUCGUGCCCGGCUUACUACGGUGGAAGGAAUUGCGAAGAGUCCUAGACGAUUGGCUGCAGUGAGGAGGAGCAAGUUCACCGGCUUCGCUGUGGUUUUCAAGACGUCUUCAAAACCAACGCUUAACACUUGCUUCUAGUUUAGUGUAAGAAGAACAUUGAAUGAAACAAUUAAUCAAUUUAAUAACAACAAUUUUAAGAAUCGUUUAAAUAAUAGCCAUUUCUAAUCUUGGGGGCAAUUGUAAGUGAAAAAUCUUAGAGGGCCGAGUAUACUCUCUAACUUCCAAAAGGUAACAGUAGGGGCCAGUCGAUAGAUUGAAAUACUCAGA